AUGGCUACAGCAACAGCAGGAAAGUGGCUUAGAUACACAAUAUUAAUAGUAUCCGUAAUGCUGUUUUCAAAAAUCAAUGGUUUGGAGGGAGUGGGCAUAACCAUUAUUGAGAGUGCUGUUGCCAAAGGAGCAGUUUGUUUAGAUGGAAGCCCACCAGCAUACCAGCUCGAUAAAGGAUUUGGAGACGGCGUUAAUAAUUGGCUGGUUCAUAUGCAGUGGGGAGGCUGGUGCCAUACAGUAGAAAAUUGUGUCGAAAGAAAAAGUAUGAGUAAUGGAUUGGGAUCAUCUAAAUUGAUGUUCGAAUUGGACUUCAGUGGGAUCUUGAGCAAUAAACAAGACCUAAAUCCAAACUUUUAUAAUUGGAAUAGGGUCAUCAUGAGAUACUGUGACGGGUCAUCAUUUACUGGAGAUGUGGAAGAAGUCGAUUUUGUAAAUAACCUUUACUACAGAGGUGCAAGGGUAUUUGAUGCAAUAAAUGAGGAGCUGAUGAGCUUUGGAAUGAAGGAUGCACAAAAUGCUCUUCUCACUGGAUGUUCGGCUGGUGGAUUGGCUGCAAUACUCAAUUGUGAUAAGUUUCGGGAUUUCUUCCCAUCAACUACUAGAGUGAAAUGUGUUCCUGAUGCUGGUUAUUUUUCUCACGUGAAAGAUCUAUCAGGAGAGUAUCAUCUUGAAGAAUACUACGACAAAAUUGUUACCUUACAUGGUUCAACAAAACGUUUACCGCUUGGAUGUACAUCGACUAUGAAACCUGGUUUAUGUUUCUACCCUCAAUUUGUUAUGCCUUUUAUUAGUACACCUAUCUUCAUACUAAACUCUGCUUAUGAUACAUGGCAGGUAUACAACAUUUUGACAUCGUAUGAAGCUGAUCCCAAUGGUGAUUUCACCAAGUGUAAGACGAAUUUGAACGAAUGCUCUACAUCACAACUCAACCGACUUGAUGUUUUUCGGUCUGAUUUUUUAAAGAGCGUUUCGGCCAGUGGAAACAAUGCGUCCAAUGGAAUGUUUAUCAAUACGUGUUACACUCAUUGCCAAUCUGAAACUCAAUCAUCAUGGUUGGAAAAUCCUGCCUCAAGAGUAUUGGAUGAUAAGACCAUCUCAGAGGGAGUCGGUGACUGGUUUUAUGACAAAAGUGAGGUCCGAAAGAUUGAUGCCGAGCAUGUGUUGCCUCACUAUUGUUAA